UUUCGUGUGAAUUUAACGCAUGGUUAACUUCUGUUACGUGUACGACUGUUGUCUAAAAUUUCGAUUGCAACUUUUACGUUACCUUCUGGUUGAGAUUAAGAAUGGCAUAUUCACAUCUGACAAGCUUUUUAGGUACCAUUUCUCUUAGAUUAACACCUUCAGUCUCUGUGUGGAAUUCUUGUUAUCGUAGCUGCAAUUCUUCAUGGGCUGCUACUAAAGCUAUUUUGGACCAGGAAUUAAAAUCCAUUAAAAAUGCAGGAACAUGGAAGGAGGAAAGAAUUAUUACUUCUCGUCAAGAUGCUUUGAUUAGUGUGGAAGGAAAAACUGAAAAAGUCUUGAAUUUUUGUGCAAAUAACUAUUUAGGACUUUCAAGUCAUCCAGCUGUUGUGGAAGCAGGCAAAAAAGCUUUAGACAAAUAUGGGGCAGGACUCAGUUCUGUUCGAUUUAUUUGUGGAACACAGGACCUUCAUAAGGAAUUGGAAAGAAAAGUAGCUAAGUUCCAUGGUCGAGAAGAGGCAAUAUUGUAUGCUAGUUGCUUUGAUGCCAAUGCUGGUUUAUUUGAAGUUCUUCUGACACCUGAGGAUGCAGUCAUAUCUGAUGAGUUGAAUCAUGCUUCUAUUAUAGAUGGAAUUCGUUUGUGUAAAGCCCAAAAAAUACGUUAUCAACACCGAAAUAUGAAAGAAUUAGAAGAAAAACUCGAGGAAAGUCAGGGAGCUCGUUUGAGACUGAUUGCUACAGAUGGGGUUUUUAGCAUGGAUGGGAAUGUUACACCACUAAGAAACAUAUGUGAUCUGGCAGAAAAAUACAAAGCAAUGGUCUUUGUUGAUGAAUGUCAUGCUACAGGAUUUUUUGGCAGAACUGGAAGAGGCACCGAGGAAUAUUUCAAUCUAACAGGAAGAGUGGAUAUAAUUAAUUCAACCCUUGGAAAGGCCCUUGGUGGUGCUGCAGGUGGAUAUACUACAGGUAAAAAAGAAGUUAUUGAGUUGCUUCGACAAAGGUCAAGACCAUAUCUGUUUUCCAAUACUUUGCCACCUCCUGUUGUUGCUUGUGCCAGUAAAGUGUUUGACAUAUUGAUGGACAGUUCCACUUUGACUGAUAAAGUGAAAAAAAACACACAAAAAUUUAGAACUGAAAUGAAAGCUGCUGGCUUUAAUGUUAUUGGUGAUGACCAUCCUAUUUGCCCAGUGAUGCUUGGCGAUGCUCGUCUUGCUUCGGUAUUUGCUGAGGAAAUGCUAGAAAGAGGAAUCUAUGUCAUUGGUUUCAGUUUUCCUGUUGUACCAAAAGGCAAAGCCAGAAUCAGAGUCCAGAUUUCAGCAGCUCAUUCUGAGCAAGAUAUUGAUAAGACUGUGGAUGCAUUUUUAGAUGUUGGAAAGAAACUUAAAGUGAUUUAAUUGCAAAUAACUUUAUUUGUUUUUAAUUAUAU